GACUGGAGCAACGGCUAUAAAAAAAUCGAAAAAGCAGCAUACGAUUACGAGGGGUAAAGCUGAAAGUUUAAGUUCGAUAAAUCGCCCGUUUAACCUCUAGAUUUAAAAGAAAUAAAAGAUUGUAGGUAUGGAAAUUUGAAUGAGUUUGGAAAUCAAUUGCCAAUCAUCAUGACUCUUGUAACAGAACCUAAAUUCGAGGAGAGAGUCGGUCCGCUUUCUUUGAUUGCUCUAUACGUAUUCCUGACCCUUCUCAUAUACCUCAUCGCAGUCUAUCGCCGCGGGAAGCUUCGGGAGGAAGACAAUGAGCGAUUGGGUCGAAGUCGGGCCAGUAUAGCUGAAAAGUCGAGGACAGUUUUACUCGUUAUUUCGCAUCCAGACGAUGAGUGUAUGUUCUUCUCGCCCUCCAUUCUGGCACUCAACUCCAGCCUCCAUACAUCUGUGCACAUUCUGUGCCUUUCUAAUGGAGACUACUAUGGACAGGGAGAAUUGAGAGGAAAGGAACUGAUUCUAAGCUGCGCAAUUCUUGGCAUCCCAUCAUGCAAUGUGACAGUGUUGAAUGAGAGUGAGCUACCAGAUGACCCCAAGGCAUUAUGGGAUGAGGAGCUUGUCAGCAAACUUGUUCUACAUCAGAUUGUCAAAUGUGAUGCUCAGAUAGUUCUUACGUUUGACAAACAUGGUGUUUCAUCUCAUCCCAAUCAUAUAGCAGCCUACAAGGGUAUUAGAAAACUGGUUGUUCAACGACAGCUUCCCUCGGGUGUUCGUGCCUUCUGCCUAGAAUCUAUUGGUAUAGUGAGAAAAUACUGUUCUUUCUUGGAGGUACCUAUAAGUUUCAUUCUAUGUGCAAUCAGAGGCAACAAGGUAUUGGUUUCUUCACCCUAUGGAGUUCUAAGAGCUCAGCGUGCAAUGAGGGCUCAUGCUUCUCAGUUUGUCUGGUUUCGUGUUCUUAAUAUGUUCUUCUCUCGCUAUUUCAUCAUCAACACCAUCAGAAGUCUCAAGAUCAAGGAAGAUUCUUGAAGCAAAUCGGCUUAUUGAAAUAGACAUAGAUACAGAGACAGAAAACAACUUUUGGAGUAAUAUCGCUGAAGAUUGUGAAAUAGAGCCCAAGUUUCCAAAGAUUAAAGCAGAUGAUAUGUCCAAGUUUUGAAAGUCCAUGAUAUAAAUAAUGAUGAUGAUAAUAUUUCUAAUGCGCACAUUUCCACUCCAAGGAAUGCUCAAGGCGCCUCACAAUAUAAAUUCAACAUAAUGAACAGUGAAUUAGACAAAUUUCAAAUCAUACAUUAAUAAAAAAAUUACUCUCAAAUUUAUAAGGAGAAGGGGUUUAUUAGGGUACAUGUAUUAUUAAAGGGAUGGUCCGGGCUGAAAAUAUUUAUAUCUAAAUAAAUAGAGUAAAAUUCACAGAGCAAAAUGCUGAAACUUUCAUUAAAAAUCGGAUAACAAGUAAUGAAGUUAUUGUAUUUUAAAGUUUAUCAAAAUUUUGUGAAAACAGUUAGUGCACAUCGUCUUGAAUAUUCAUUAGAUGGGCUGAUGAUGUCACAUCCCCACUUUCCAUUUUCUUAUGUUAUUACAUGAAAUCAUAUAUGUUUCAUUUUUUCAUACAUGUGUAAGUGAUGUGUCUCCAUUAUGAUGAAAUAAGUUGUGGCAAUAAAUAACUAAUGCACUUAAUCAGUUGUCAAUCCAAUUGUUUUAGUUCUUGUUAGAAAUUGUUUUAAUAAACCUAAAUUCAUAUGAUAAAAUACAAAAGAACAAGUGAGGAUAUGACAUCAGCCCACCUAAUGAAUAUCAUAAAGAUAUGCCUAGAACUGUUUCACCAGAAUAAUGCACAUCUUUAAAAUUCAAUAACUUUGUUAUUUGCUAGCCGAUUUUGAUAAAAUUUUCAGGAUUUUGCUCUGUGAAUUUUACUCUAUUUAUAGAGAUAUAAAUAUUUCCAGCCUGGACCAUCCCUUUAAAUGUUAUGAGACACAAGAUAGGUUUUCAAGUUUGUUUGGAAUGACUGAAGAGAGGAUGAGAUUUGAAAUGUAUGGGGAGGUGAGUUCCAUGAUGAUAUGACAUUUUCUAGAGACUGGAUAUGUCUCCAGACUAAAAGUCUGUUACUGUGCCAUAAACAUGAAUGUACUUUUGUCCCUGCACUGCAAAGGGGUAAGAAAGGAAUCCUUUCAUACUGUGAGCACUAGCUUGAGUUAAUGUCCUCAUUGAGCUGUGAUAGUGUUGGAGCUAUAAAGUAUGUUGAGUGUCUUGCAUGGUUGAUUUGUGUACUUUAUUAAUGAAAUUAAGCAACUCAAAUUAACCCAGGCAUAUGAUGUAAUAAUUAUGAUUUUUUGAAAUAGGUUUCAUUGUAUUUGUAUGGACUUCCAUGACAAAGUAAUCUAAGUUGAAAUCAAUAUUGCAGUAUUGAACAAGAAUCAGAUUUCAAAUCCUGUCUGUCUCCUUUACUGAAGAAGUAAUGUUGAUAUUACAAUAUCAAAUCCAUUAAUUGGCCAUGCUAAUGACUUUGUGCAGUUUAGGGGUAUACUCUUACUAAAAAAUGUUGUGCAGCUGUAGGGACAUUCUGUCAUUUAUGUGCAAUAUAUUUUAAAUGCAAAUAUGAAUGCCAAUUUAUUGUUAUGGUUUUCGUUUAGUUAUUAUUUGAAAUUAAUAAGUACUGGCAAACUGUUGGAAGUGGGGAUGACUUAUCACAAUGAAACAUGCACCAUUUUCAGUUUAUUUUUUUCAUUUGGAACUGUAUUUAAUGUAUGAGGAUUGUUAUUUCAUUAGUUUUUGGUUAAGUUUUAUUUCAAAAUUGGAGAAUUUGCUGUUUAUUACACAGACAGAGUGCAUGAUGUAUUUAUUGGCAUCUCAAUAAACAAUGUACAUAUUUGGAAGGAGUUAAAAGCAAUGACAGAAUAAAAAUGUUAAGCAAUAAACAUUUUCUAGUAUGACAUUCAAAUAGUUAUUUUGAAAUUGCAUAGUCUUAUAAUUACUAUUUUUGUGUAAGUGCAUUCUGCAUUGCAAGAAAUGUAUGCAAGUAUAAUGUUUACAAAGAUAUUCAUUUAGGAUAGGGUUAUGAAAAUUAACUGCUAAUGUAUAUGCAAAGCACUGAUAAUAUUUCAAAGUUUUUUUAGACUUGCAUUGACAGUUAGGCCUAAAAAAUGUCUUUGCCCUCAUCCAACCAGCUGUAAAAA